CCUCCCUAUCCCGCGAGCUGCCGGCGCGGGAGAAGAGCGUCAACCCGCAUCCACGCGCUUCCACCUGGGCAUCCGGGAAGGCGACGGAGGCCGGCUCGGCAGCCAAUGGGAAGGGCCGGUGGCGGCUCAGCCAAUGGCGGCGUCGCGCGGCCCGUCUCGGCCGCCGGGUUUCCUGCCGGGAUUCUGCUGCUGCUGCUGCUGAGGCGAGGAAGGCGAGACGGGGGGGGGGGGGCGGGCGGGCAGCCGGGCCCGGGGGAGAAGGGGAGCCCCCCGGGGAAAGGGCGCGGGUCCCGGGGCCCCCGAAAGGCGGGACGAAUUCGCCCCUCCGCGCCCCAGUCGGCCUUCCGUGGAACUGCAGAGCUGGGAAAGGGACCCCCGGGGGUCAUCUAGACCGACCCCCUGAGACGCAGGAAGCUGAGCGAAGCAUACACGGCAGGCAGCCUCUGGGACAGCUCAGUCUGUGGAGCCUGAAGCCCUCGGGGUGGCGGGUUCGAGCCCCACGUCGCGCAUUGCCAGGCCUGAUGGACAUCCUAUAUACCCUUUUAAAAUGUGGCUCUUCUUUGGGGGGCGGGGGUGUUAUUGAGUUAUUGUUCUUAUUUUGAUUUUAUAUAUCGUGAUCUUUUCUGCAAAGCGCCCUGAGACCUCUGGGUAUAGGGCUGUAUAUAAAUUCAAUGAAUAAAUAAAUUUCAGGGGGUUGGACCAGAUGGGUCUGGGGGGUCCCUUCCAUCUCCACGAUUCUUUAGAACAGUGUAAAUAGCUAAAUUGUAAAGAGAGAAAGAACAUUGCACAGGAGAGCAGCUAAGGGGAAGUUGAUUGGGAAACCCAGCCAGAUGGGCGGGGUAUAAAUAAUAAAAUUAUUGUUGUUGUUGUUAUUGUUAUUAAAAUAGGGAUGGAGUCAAGUGUGUACAUACACACAAGCACCAUCCUCAAUGUCUCUCUAGACCAGUGGUUCCCAACCUCUUUUUGGCCAUUCCCCACCUAAGCAUCUCUAAAAUCCUGAUUCCCUCCCCCCCAUUGACAUAUAAUUCUUAUUAUUUAAAAAGUGAACUGUUCACGUGGAGGAAGCCUAAAAGGCCAUUCACUGUUAAUAACUCAUUCUCAAAUUGCCCCCCUUAUAAUCAAAUUGCCCCCUUGUGGGGGGGGGUGUACCAUGUUGGGAACCACAGCUCUUAACACCCGCUGCUCUUCAGGAUUUUCCCAUGACUGGGAGGUUUCGCAGCACACUCAACUUGAAAAACUCGCUAUGCUACACUGCAUUUGUUCAUUCAUUUAGAAAUCAAGUAGCUUUUAUUAUUAAAAGUACAUUAUAGCUUCUUUUUUAUAUAUAAUUUUUUUUAUUUGGUGUUUCAGAUUAAAAUUUUACAGUCACAUAUCGAACGUACACAUAUAAACAAGAUUCCAAAGAAUCUCGUGGAUUUCCCUCCUCCCCUUUGCGGAUCCUAUUGUUAAUUAUUUCCUCCUGCAUCUUUUAUGAUAAUCCAGAUCUUUUACAUCUCCAUUGUACGCGGCACUGCAUUUAAGCAAUUUUGCGUCCUCUCAUUUUUCAAGCUUUUCCUCUUCCUGGGUGCACGUUAUUUCGAACCCAACACCCACCCUCUUUGCCAAUCAGGAGGGCAGUAGAGUCGUGCUUAAAGGUUUCUGCUUCUCAUAAUUCCUCUCUUUCUUAAGUCUUUUGGUUCCAUUUCCCUCUUUAAAGUUCAGUUUUCUUAGAACUUAGAAAGGAUUUGGCCCCCUGAUCUAAACCGAAAAGCAGCCAUUUUGCAAUAGCUGCUACAUCAUCUGUUUGCUGCUUACAAAGGUGUCAAGUGUUAAAAAGUCUUGGAUGCUUUAUGCAUGAUGCACACACUCUUGCAAACUCCCUUUCUCCGUGACUGCAAUGCUGUGCACGCUUCCCUUGGAAAAACCUUUAUUUGAACACAGUGGGAUAUACUUCCGAUAAAUAUGCUUUGGUGUCUGCCAGGUUCCCUAGGAGGUUUUACUCUGAAGCCUCAGAACAUCCACAUCAUACAUUCGGAGCACAACUAAGGCAUUUUUAAAGUGCAUGACAUUCUCCAAAGAGUCCUGGGUGCUACAAAUUGCAGCUCUAGGAGAGGAAACAACAGUUCCCUUGAUUCUUUGAGGAAACCAUGUACUUUUACUGUAUGGUGUGAAUCUGAUUUUUUGAUUUAAUAAGCUGUAAACCGCUUUGAGAUGUUUUAUUAAAAAUAUAAAGCAGUAUGGAAAUUAAAGAAUUAAAAAUAAAAAUCUGCAACCUGUCCUUUCAUGCUCCCAUCUCUCUCUCUCUGUGUAUAUAUAUAUAUAAUGAGAUAAAAGUUCAGAGAUUGAAGAACUUCCAGUUCUUCAUCUGUCCGCUAUAUACAUAUAAACAAUAAUCACUUCAUCCACUCCGAUAUAACUCCUAAGAGAACACCACUUUCUAUAAACAAAUUAUCUUCAGUCCUCGAACCCAAAUGUCAUGAUUUCAUUUUCUUUCUCACACAAAAAGUCUUUGAGUGGUUUCCAGUCUUUAGUAAAUGUUAACAAUGACUUUAUUUCAUAUUAAACAUGUUGAUUUUGUCAUCUCAGCUAAGUCCAUUAAUUGUAAAAACCCUUCCAUUGUCGGUAAUGAUGUCCCUUUCCAUUUUUGCCAUCCACUCCAGUCCUGACAGCAACGUGACGUUACUAGGCAAAACAAAGGAAAAGCAGAGCAAUAAGGAAGGGAACAUUUCUGUCGUUUUAUAUUCAGGGUCUGGGCACGGGUAAAUUUUGUGGUACUUGGGAACUACUGCACCAUGCUGUUUUUACUGCCUGCACACCUUACGAACAAAUAUCUCACCUCCAUUUUCUUUUAACAGGGCUCCUUUCUAGCAGAUGGAAACCUUUAAGCACUGUACACCGACCGGAUUGGGUGAAGGGCUGAAUGUCCAAAGCUUCGGGAAUGAAAGCUUAUCGUAUUUUGCCUACGGUAGUAACUUGCUGCGGGAGAGGAUAAUGUUAAGAAACCCAUCUGCAGUUUUUCUCACCCUGGCACAGCUACUGGUUGGUGCUGUCUGUCUGUCUCUUUAUGUUGUUAAGCAUAUGCCAAAAAUACCUUUGUCUGCCAUUGCUGUGACUAGGACAUGCAGCAGAUAUUGCUGUGCAAUCAUCAUUUCCUUCUGUCGAGUUGUGAUCCUUUUUCCAGGGAAAGUAGUUAGCCUACGAGGCUUCCAGUUUGGUGCAGAAUCCGUCCUGCUGAUACCCAUGUGGUUGGUGGUGGUGUUUUUUGCAGCAACUGCGUGAUGUCAUUGUCAUAAUGCCAAGCCAUACUUUUUUAUACAUUCAAUCUGGAUUUCCACUUAUUGUGGAAAAUUUGCCAAACAGCCCGUUAUCCAGCUGCAGUCACUCCUGGUGUGGAAGCUUAUUAGUCCAUUAAAAAAAUUAAAAUGUUGGGCAUGUCGUCAUGAGUGUGGCACUGUUUUUGUGGGUGGUCUUUGUCACCACACCUCUGCUUCUGUUGCAUCUGUGGAAUGCUCUCUACAUGGAAGUUCACCUGGUACCUUCAUUAUACACCUUUAGGCACCAGGCAAAAACUUUCCUUUUUAACCAGGCCUUUGGUUGAUCUGAUUUACAGUGAUACCUCUAGUUACGAGCUUAAUUCGUUCCGGAGGUCCGUUCUUAACCUGAAACUGUUCUUAACUAGAGGCGUGCUUUCGCUAAUGGGGCCUCUUGCCGCUGCUGUGCUGCCGGCACACAAUUUCCGUUCUCAUCCUAGGGCAAAGUUCUCAACUCAAGGUAACUCUUCCAGGUUAGCGGAGUUUGUAACCUGAAGUGUUUGUAACCUGAGGCGUUUGUAACUCGAGGUACCACUGUACAUCCUAUACCCUUUUAAAAUGUUUUUUUGGGGGGGGGUUAUUGGGUUGUUGCUUUUAUUUUUAUUCGGUAUUUUGUGGUUUUAUAUCUUAAUUUUAUUCUGUGAACUGCCCUUAGACGCCCGGGUAAAGGGUGGUAUAUAAAUUCAAUAAAUCAUCAUCAUCAACAUCAACAUCAUUAUUAAUGAAUGGGAUUUUACAUUCACUUUUCUUUCUCCUGUCUUACCGAUCUACUCCACAGCUUUGUUUGAAUUAAUCGCAUGUCUUUUAAACCUAUAGAUACCGUAUUUUUCGCUCUAUAAAAUGCACUAGACCACAAGACGCACCUAGUUUUUGGAGGAGGAAAACAAGAAAAAAAAAUAUUCUGAAUCUCAGAAGCCAGAACAGCAAGAGGGAUCGCUGCACAGUGAAAGCAGCAAUCCCUCUUGCUGUUCUGGCUUCUGGGAUAGCUGUGCAGCCUGCAUUCGCUCCAUAAGACGCACACACAUUUCCCCUUACUUUUUAGGAGGGAAAAAGUGAGUCUUAUAGAGCAAAAAAUAUGGUAUAUAAAUGGAGGUUAAUUGUUCUCCUUUUAACCUGCAGGAUUACAAACUUGCUUUUGGCUCUCAUCAUGGCAAGCCCAGUUCUAACUGGCAUGGAAGUACAGCAACUAUAAUCCAUAGUCCUGGCGAUGAAGUGUGGGGAGUCGUAUGGAGAAUGAGUACUACAGAUUUACCUUCUCUGGAUAGGUGGGUGUCUUCAAGUUCUGCCAUCUUCUCUCAAUUUAGUAACUUAAUGAGCCACACACUUGCUUAAAUGUUCUGGGUGUUUUGUUGUAUGUAUGGCAUCAAUUCUUUGCCAAAGCAAUUGCCGGACUCCAAGAGAACAGUUUCAGUGCAAAGGGAAAUAUGGCUCGAGGAUGAACUGCUCACUUGUAACAUUUACAGAAUAGAAACUAAGCAAGAUAUUUUUUUAAAAUAGUGAUUUUCCGACAUGUGCUAAUUACCAAAGCCCAUCAGUUCAAUUUUCUUACUGAAUUAACAGCUUUAAUUGGGUAUUUGGCGCCUGUCGCAGAAGCUGAUUUAAUCAGAUGGGGUUUUUAUCUUUGAUAAAAACAGCAGGAAAAAUAUAAAGAACUACACUGUUGUAAUAAGUAUGCAAUCCUGUGCAUAUUUAUUCAGCGGUAAGACCUACUGUUUUCAGCAGGCUUUACUGCUAGGUAAGUGUGAUGAGUAUGAGUUACUCGUGCGUAAACUGGUGCCUCUCUAGGCUAAUUUGCCUUGUUAAACCUUUCUGACUGCACAGCCCUUUCUAAUCAUGACUGCCUCAGUCACUGGCAGAAUCCGUCAGUGGGCGUUUCUUGAAUCUCUUCCAACAUAAGAGUUGUUUGACACCCAGUCUCCUCCUCCUCUCACUGCGUGGGAGCCUUCUGCGCAGGGAGGGCGUGGGUAGCGGAGGACCUGUCCCCUCCUCACUGAGUUCCAGUGAAGAGUCCGGGAGCCCUCUCUCCGAUUCCCCCAUCUGCCCACCUUUAUUCCUGGUGUUGCGCUUAAAUGCUUCCCCCUCCACUGAGCUGCUUCCCCCCUGCUGCUGGGUCCUUCUCCAGCAUCAUCUAGGAGCCUCCCCUUCGCCUCCCGCUCCGAUGUCAGUUCCCUGACAUCCACCUCCCCCAGAAUCCCUCCACCCCUGGACCGACCUGUGGGAUCAACUCGUCCCCUUCGUCGGCCGACGAGGCGGGGAACCCCGGAAGGAACUGUCACCAUCUUCUGUGGAUUCGAAACCCGCUUCCCACCCGCUCUUCCACCUGCCAACGGGGUGGUCCUCCCAGUCUGAUUCUUCUUCCUCCGAAACCUCUCCUCCCUCCUCCUCGGAGUCAGAAAAUCCCUCAAAAACCUCUUCCUCAUCUGUGGUUCCAAAUUGCUCCUCCCAGAAUCUCUCCAGGGGUUUGGGUUUGUCCGGGAACCGGCGGUGGAAUACCUCCACCAGAUACCUGUCCUCGAAGGCUUCCGUGGGGACCCACGUGUUUUCGGACCUGGGUUCCCCUUCCCACGCUACCAAAUACUCCACCCGGCGCCCUUGCCACCUUGAGUCCAGUAUUUCCGUGGCCCUGUGGUGGUGUUCCCUUUCUUCUACCUGCGGGUGUGUGGUGACUUAACACUCUUGCCCCUGGAAUUCCCGCCCUUCCCUAUGCGGUGAGAGCAGGGACCUGUGGAAAACCGGGUGUAUUUUCAUGCUAUCAGGCAACUUGAGCUUAAAUGCCACGGGAUUAACUUGCUGUGUUACCUCAAAAGGUCCCAGCCGUCUGGGCUGCAACUUCUUGCACCCCCCUUUGAAAGGUAGCCCUUGGGUGGACAACCACACCCGGUCCCCCACCCGUAUGGUCUCCCUUCCCUGCGGUGCUUGUCUGCCUGCCUCUUGUAAGUUUCCUUGGCCCGCUCCAAGUUCAUCUUAAGUUGCUGGUGUAGGGCCUCCAUUUCUUCCACAAACUGCUCUGCAGCGGGUACGCUCCAGCUUUCCUCCCCACUCCCGGGAAGGCCCUGGGAUGACACCCAUGGUUGGCCAUGAAUGGGCUCAUUCCCGUGGACACGUGUUCCGCGUUGUUGUACGCGAAUUCAGCCAGCGCUAGUUUUUCUACCCAAUCGUUCUGCCUCUCGCUGACGUAGCAGCGUAGGUAUUGCUGGAGUAUACUGUUCGCUCUUUCUGCUUGCCCGUUGGUCUCUGGGUGUCUCGCCGUCGAGAAACCCACCUCCACCUGCAGCAAGCUCAUGAGCUUCCUCCAGAACCGGGAAGUAAAUUGUUUUCCGCGGUCGGAGAUAACCCUCAAGGGGGCGCCAUGCAGCCGGAAUAUGUGCUCCACAAACAACCGGGCUGUUUCCUCUGCCGUUACAGCAUGUGAGCAAGCUAUAAAAUGGCACAUUUUUGUCAGUAGGUCGACCACUACCAUGACUGCUGUCUUUCCCCGGGACUUGGGCAAAUCUGUCAUAAAAUCAAUGGAUACCACCUCCCAGGUUUUCCCGGCGUGGGUAAGUGUUCCAGUAAUCCUGUGGGGCAGCCCGCUCCCCUUUGCCCUUUGGCAGCGGUCGCACCCCGUACAUAUUCCCGUACAUCCUCCCUCACCCUGGGCCACCAGAACUGCCUGGUCACGAGCAUCAUGGUUUUGUGCUGUCCAAAGUGCCCUGCUGUGGGGUUGUCGUGGAGUUGUUUGAGUACCUUUCCCUCAGGGUCUCCCCCGGUACGUACAGCGCUCCCCUAUAGUACAGUACCCCUUCCUUCUCCUCAAACCCUUCUUGGGUCCCUCUUCCGUCUCGUAGUUCCCGGAUUUUAGUUUGCGCGAACACGUCGUUUCUGGUCAGCCCGGCUAGUUCUCGUUUCCCCACCAAAGUUCCCCCACACACCCAUCGGUCCUCGCGUGUCGUUUCUCCGGCGGCCCCUCUCCUUCCAGGUACUCCGGUUUACGCGAGAGAGCGUCUGCUCUUACGUUUUCCUCUCCGGGCACGUAUCGGAUUUCAAAGAAAAACUUGGAGAACUCCUGUGCCCAUCGAAUCUGUCUCUGGUUGAGUACUCGUGCGGUUCUCCAGUACUCCAAGUUCUUGUGAUCUGUGCAAACCUGGAUCUGUUGUUGCGCCCCAUCAGUAGAUGACGCCAACGACGAAAGGCCGCGUAGAUUGCCAGCAGUUCGCGGUCAUACACUGUAUAGUUUUGCUCCGACUUGCUCAGUUUUCUCGAGAAAAAGGCACACGGUUUCCAUUCCUGCUUGCCCCUCCCUGGCUGCAAAGGACCGCCCCUACGGCUCUGUCGGACGCGUCGGUCUCUAGCCUCAGGGGUUUCUCCAGAUCUACGUGCAGGAGUUGCUCUUCCGAUGCGAACGCCUUCUUCAGUUUUUCGAAGGAUUGCUGGGCCUCUUCUGUCCACACAAACUUCUUUUUGCUACUGAGACAAUCCGUGAUGGGCGCUGUCAAGUGGGCGAAGUUCUUGAUGAACUUCCUGUAGAAGUUGCUGAACCCUAGGAACCUCUGUACGUCCUUCCGUGUUUUGGGAGCCUUCCACUCCAGCACUGCCUGCACCUUGCUUGGGUCCAUCGCUAAGCCUUUGUCAGACAACUUGUACCCCAGAAACUCGACUUCUCUGGCGUGAAACUGACAUUUUUCCAGCUUGACCCACAACUGGUGCUUCUGCAGUCAUUGUAACACUUCCCUGACGUCUCUAACAUGUUGCUCCUCAUUGUCCGAAUAAAUUAAGACGUCGUCCAAGAAGGCUACGCAGUUCUUGUACAGCAGAGACCCCAACACGUGGUGCAUGAAAGCUUGAAAACAGGCGGAGCCCGACUGUAAUCCAAAAGGCAUAACUAAGUACUCAAAGGCACCUAGGGGUGUGAACAUUGUGGUCUUCCAUUCGUCCCCCUCCCUCAUCCUGAUCAAAUUGUAUGCGCCCCGAGGUCCAGCUUGGUAAAAAUUUUGCCUUUCCUCACUCGCGUUAAAAUGUCGUCAAUCCUGGGCAUUGGGAAGGUCACGGGUUCUGACACCAAAUUGACAGCCCUAUAGUCCACAAUGAGCCUGGGUUUAUUUGUGUCCUUUUUGUCCACAAAUAACACCGGACUGCCCCCACCGCCUUUGAUUCUCUUAUGAAGCCUCUUUUCAGGUUCUUGCCAAUAAAUUCCCGCAACUCCUUCAUCUCCCUGUCUGACAUGGCAUACAGCUUACCCACCGGCAGCUGCGCCCCGGAAGCAAGUUGAUCUGGCAGUCAAAGGGCCUAUGGGGUGGCAGUCUAUCUGCCUCCUUCUCGCUGAAGACCUCCCGCAGAUCUGCGUAUUGCGGCGGCACCUCCCUUUCCGCUCUACACCCAUCCCAGCCACCCUGGCCACGGUCAUUCUUGGGGCUCCCCCCCCUAGACAGUGUUCCAGGCAGUAAGCUGACCCAAAGGUGACUGUCCUCUGAUGCCACGCCACCACUGGAUCAUGUUGUGCUAGCCAGCUCAUCCCUAAUAUUAUUGGGGGCCCUGCUAGUGAGGCGACGUGAAAGGCGAUGGUCUCCGAGUGCCUGGACACCCUCAUUCUCAUUGGUGGGGUCUGGUGUGUCACUUCCUCCUAGAAGCUCCCUGCCAUCAAUGGUGGUCACUUGCAAGGGAAAAUCCAAAGGCAGUAAGUGGAGCUGGUGCUCUAAUGCAAAGUCUUUGCUGAAGAAAUUACAUGAGCUGCCUGAAUCCAGCAUCCCUUUCACCUUGACUGGGUGCCCGUUCGGGAGUUCUAGCACCACUUCGAUGGCUAUUGCCGCCUUGGGGGUCUGGUUGGGGCACUUUUACUGGUGGCUGGCCUGGCUGCUGUGCCCCUUGAUUGGCAGCCAAGCGCUCCCGCUUCCCUGUUCCUGUUCCUUUACCACCUCCUCCUCAACCCCUGCGGCUCCCACCAUUCCUUGCCAGGCCUUUCUUUGAGGGCAGGCUCUGGCAAAUGUCCUGGCCGCUGGCAAAGGAAACACUUCUUGGAGGUUUUCCAAUCCUUUCCCUCCUUUUGCGCCCUUCGCUGGUGCUUGAAACUUCCGCGCGCGUGCCCCAUCUAUUUCCAUUGGCUCUGCUGGCGGGGAAGGCUGCCUUGGUAUUUCAGGAAUGCGGUAGUCAUGGCAACGUUGCUCUCUCCCUUCCCGCCUCUCCUGGGCCCGCGCUUCCUGCCGCACGCCAACCGCAAGCACAGCCUUGGUCAGCUGAUCCAUCCCCUGUGGGCGGGGUGCGCGGGAAAGUUCAUCCUUAACCGUUGGGGACAACCCUCCUCGAAUAACAUUUGUAUGGGUUCGGAGUCCAGUUGCCACCCGAGGCGGUGAACUAUCAUGGCAAAGCGCGACCAGUAGUCCCUAACUGACUGGCUCCCUGUUUACAGUUCAUCAGUUCCCGCUUUGUCACACUUUUUUGUACAUCAGUGGAAAACAUUGCGUCCAUCGCUUGGAAGAAUUUCCUCAGGUCCUGCAUGGCGGCAUUCUGCGUCGCCAUAAGGGGCCUGACCCAUUCCCUCGCCCCGUCCUGCAGGUGACCCACAAUAUAUGCCACCCGCGCCGCGUCGUCUUCAAAAUCGUCAUGCUGCAAUUCCAAUGCGUACUCUAUUUCCGUUCAAAACGCACUGUAUUCUUGCGGCUUCCCCAAAUUUGUGCACCAGUCCCGGUACCUUCCUUGCUAUGGGGUGGGUCUGACCUGUGCAUCUUGAGACCGCCUUUCGUCCAGCCGCGCCGUCAGAAUGGCCACAUGCUGCUCCAACUCUCGGUUCCUCUCCACCAGCGUUUGCCCUCCAGCUGCUCCCCUGGGUGCUGGCUUCUCCGGGCUUGCUCAUGAUGCUGCCUGCCUGCUGCUGCGCACGAGCAACUUUCAGGGACUGACGGAUUGCUGUGAUGAGUAUGAGUUACUCGUGCGUAAACUGGUGCCUCUCUAGGCUAAUUUGCCUUGUUAAACCUUUCUGACUGCACAGCCCUUUCUAAUCAUGACUGCCUCAGUCACUGGCAGAAUCUGUCAGUGGGCGUUUCUUGAAUCUCUUCCAACAUAAGAGUUGUUUGACACCCAGUCUCCUCCUCCUCUCACUGCGCGGGAGCCUUCUGCGCAGGGAGGGCGUAGGUAGCGGAGGACCUGUCCCCUCCUCACUGAGUUCCAGUGAAGAGUCCUGGAGCCCUCUCUCCGAUUCCCCCAUCUGCCCACCUUUAUUCCUGGUGUUGCACUUAAAUGCUUCCCCCUCCACUGAGCUGCUUCUCCCCCUGCUGCUGGGUCCUUCUCCAGCAUCAUCUAGGAGCCUCCCCUUCGCCUCCCGCUCCGAUGUCAGUUCCCUGACAGUAAGCGUGCAUAGGAUUGUGCUAGAAAGUUAAAAGUAAAGGGACCCCUGACCAUUAGGUCCAGUUGUGACCGACUCUGGGGUUGCGGCGCUCAUCUCGCUUUAUUGGCCGAGGGAGCCGGCGUACAGCUUCCGGGUCAUGUGGCCAGAAUGACUAAGCCGCUUCUGGCGAACCAGAGCAGCACACGAAAGCGCCAUUUACCUUCCCGCCGGAGCGGUACCUCUUUAUCUACUUGCAUUUUGACGUGCUUUCGAACUGCUAGGUUGGCAGGAGCUUGGACCGAGCAACGGGAGCUCACCCCGUCGCGGGGAUUCGAACCACCGACCUUCUGAUCGGCAAGUCCUAGCCUCUGUGGUUUAACCCACAGCGCCACCCGUGUCGCUACUUUACCACUAUUGACAGCUGUAAUGGUGAAACAGAAAGCAACAGGAGAUCUUUUUUUAAAGAGGAACUACAGUGAAAACUCGGUUCUCAAACGUCUCCAUUGAGAAACGUUUUGGAACCCGAAUGCCCCAAACCCAGAAGUCAAAUGCUUUCCGCUGCAUGUUUUUCAGUUUUCUCAACUGAAUUUGCCAACAGCCCUUUGAGCCCCGGUUUUCGAACGUUUCAGAAGUCGAACGGUCUUCUGGAACAGAUUACGUUUGGAAACCGAGGUUCCCACUGUACCUGUUGCAGGAGUUUAGAGCUGUGCACGAUGGCCUGUCCCCUGGGGCUUUUGCUUGAACACCAGUGCCUAACCUUGAUGGUUUUAUUACUGUAUUGCCGUAAUCCCUCUUAUGACGUUCAUUUGGACUUGCAGAGUUUCAACCAUAUGUGGGCUGCUUGAAAUGGUGCAGGUCUAGGCCCAAGCAAAGCGAAGAGCUUGAAAGCUCUUUUCCUGCCUGGUCCACUUGGGGUUACACAGCGCAAAAAAGAGCUUUUAAGUUCUCUGCCUUGCUGCCGAGCUCUAGGAAUGCUGGGGAUACUCGCUCUUUCCUCCUUCACCCUUUAGCUAGAGGGCAGCUCCAAAGGUUUGGCUAUACCUAUAUUUUAUGCAUAUUCCCCCGGAACUGACCCCCCGCAUAAGAUUAGGUAAGUAAAGGUAAAGGGACCCCUGACCAUUAGGUCCAGUCGUGACCGACUCUGGGGUUGUGGCGCUCAUCUCGCUUUAUUGGCCGAGGGAGCCAGCGUACAGCUUCCGGGUCAUGUGGCCAGCAUGACUAAGCCGCUUCUGGCGAACCAGAGCAGCGCACGGAAACGCCGUUUCCCUUCCCGCCGGAGCGGUACCUAUUUAUCUACUUGCACUUUGUGCUUUCGAACUGCUAGGCUGGCAGGAGCAGGGACCGAGCAACGGGAGCUCACCCCGUUGCGGGGAUUUAAACCGCCAGCCUUCUGAUUGGCAAGUCCUAGGCUCUGUGGUUUACACAGCGCCACCCGCUUCCCUCAAGAUUAGGUAUUCCUGCAUAAUAUUUCCUGCUGUUUAUUAAGUCGUGUUUUCUUUCUUCUUGGCUGUGCUUUUUAUCUUACAAUGUUGGUUUAAUUUUAAUGUGCCCUGCUUUGGGCGCAAGAGAGGGUGGUAAUAAUAAUUAGAUGAACAAUGGGGUUCUCUCGUGCUGGUCUGCGUAGUGGCAGCAAUCGGAACAGGGAUCUCCUCCUCGCUGGGCAGGGGAACUCCCUUACAAUCUUACAUAUUCUAGUAAGUAUUAAGAGUUAAGUAACAUUGCAGAUGAAUCAGUGAGACUGCACUCACUGACCAUGACUGGCAGCACAUUCUGAGAAAAACUUGGGGUUAAUACAGCACACAUCACAUGGUGGUUGAUGGGUUGGCCAAUGACUUCAGAUAUUCUAGGCAGAAGCAUCAGGAAAGGAAGUGAAAAGUCUGUACGUGGUGGCAAUUCCUUCUUCUGGCAAGGGUGGGAUUGGUAGCGACUGCAGCCUUGUGACUCACUUCUUGAAAUAACUGCCCCUAUUAAUAAACGCUGUUAACUAGAGUCUCUUCCUCUUUAACGGGGCCAGUGUUGCGUACAUAACAUUUUGUGCUUCCAAGCCCUUAAAAGCUGUAUGGACAUGUUGCCAAUUCCUACUCCAUUCAGCCAGAAGAUUAUGGCACCAACGGUGUAAUGUAGCACAGUCCAUAAGAGAAAUUACCUAACGAUGUUCAGUAAAAAGCCACACAACUCUAUACCUCCCCUCUUAUUUAGUUCUAACUUAAUUUUGUGAACAGGAGCUCAGAAAGCUGCUGUCUGGAUACGGGCUAAAUUUCAUGAACUUACCUUGUCUAUGGUCUGGGUGCCUUGCUAAAUUAUUAGUCUGCUUAGAAAGCAAAUUACUGCACUUUCUUUCUCAAGUUAGUGAUUUGACCUGAAAGGUAUUCCUUAUUCUGUUUCAGACAAGAGGGAGUCGAACAAGGUAUUUACAUCCCAAUAGAAGUUACAGUCCAGACUGAAGAAGGGAAAAUACUUAAGAGUCGGAGCUACCAAAUGGCAGACUAUGUCUUAGGCCUUCCUUCCCCGCAAUAUAAAAAGGUAAGUUUCAUUUGUGAUUCUAAGGAGAAUAUGAGCGGAUGAGAGAGAAACUGGGUUACUAAUCAUAGUAGUAAGUGUAGGGUUUCUGCAAGUGAAAAAAAAGUAAAAAUUUGGUUUUCCAUAAAAUUCAUGCCCUAAGCUACUGCAAAAGUAAUUAAUGUGGCAAGCUGAAGUUACGAGUACCUUCAUUUUAUGACAUGUUUAUCUGAUGCACACAUGUCCUUGAUAAUUAUUUUACAUAUAUGGCAUUGUUUCACAUGUGAUUUCAUACUAUAAAGCUCUUGUAAUAUCUGAGUUCUUGUAACUUCCAUUGCCCCUUUAGCACUGUGGUUGUCACUUUUACAAAGGAAGAUGGCACAUUCAAAAUUCAUUCAUAAAAGCCUACCUACAUGAUGCUUAGUAGUUCUCCCCUUUGGGACAACUAAGCUGUCCGUGGAACAUGAAAAGAGAAAUAGCUUAGCUACUUUGAUACUAGGGUUAUGUGAGUUGUGCUUUUAUAGCGGCACUUGGGGAUUGCCACAUGAUAUGGUGCUUAAGCCAGAUCAGUGCUGCCUCCUUUUCUCCACCAAGGAGCAAACUCAGGCUCCGUAUAGGCCUGCUGAGUUAGGCAAGUGGCUUGUAUAAUAUCAGUCGGGCUGAUGACUUAGUGAUAGCUUCCUCCCUUUAAUAUAGCCAUGGCCAUAAAUAUACACUAGUGGCCUAAAUUGUGGACACCUUUUGGGAAAAGUGUAUUUCUGAGGUUUGAUGGCUCAUAACACCACUUUUGUUUUGGAGUAAUACCAUAAAAUUAUAUAUCAAUGGAAAGUUAAUUUAAUAAAGAAUGUAAUGCAACAAAGUUUGUUCAAUUAUCUGUAUCCUAUCAAAAGUUAUAGCCAAAUAACCAGAAAAAGGAAGCACAACUUGCUUAGGUUGAUAUGCAGUAUCUUUCCUUCAUUUGAAUGUAGCCAAUGAGCACGAGUUUUUAGAGAGCCAAUCAGGUGUUGUGAGCCAUCAAACCUCGGAAAUACACUUUCCCCCAAGGCAAAGGUAAAGGGACCCCUGACCGUUAGGUCCAGUUGUGGCCGACUCUGGGGUUGCGGUGCUCAUCUCGCUUUAUUGGCCGAGGGAGCCGGUGUACAGCUUCCAGGUCAUGUGGCCAGCAUGACUAAGCCGCUUCUGGCGAACCAGAGCAGCGCAUGGAAACACCGUUUACCUUCCCACUGGAGUGGUACCUAUUUAUCUACUUGCACUUUGACGUGCUUUCGAACUGCUAGGUUGGCAGGAGCUGGGACCGAGCAACAGGAGCUCACCCCGUUGCGGGGAUUCAAACCACUGACCUUCUGAUCGGCAAGUCCUAGGCUCUGUGGUUUAACCCACAGCGCCACCCGCGUCCCACUUUCCCCCACAGGUUUCCACAAUUUUGGCUGCUAGUGUAGUCGAAGACACUUCUGCAGCCCUCCCCUUUGCAGGGGUUAGGUGGCAGACUCUCCUAACCCUGCUGCAACGUGGUCUGAUGUUGGUCAUACAUUUCCUUUAAGAGGGUUAUCUAAGAACCAUGUCAGCUUGAGCCCAGAUCCCGCUUGGCUUGGAAGCGCCCGACUUAAACUCAUACCCUUGUUCAGCAGCUAGCUGAUCAUGACUACUUUAAAAGCAGCGGUAGCAGCAGAGAGCAGUUCUGGCUCCAUAGGAGGCCGGUUGGCUUUUCCCGAGUCUCUUCCUUAUGGGGUUGGGGGAACAUUGAAGGAAUGUGCAGAAUGGUUGGGAACACCCAAUUGCUCCCCCCCCCCUCCAGCUGGGUCCUCCUUCCUAACUGCAGAAACAUUAUUGUCAAUGGCACACAAAAACGGUGGAUCCAGUCUUGAGCCAGGGCCCAUUCUGAUAGGAAGAGUAUCAUAAAAUCAUAGAGUUGGAAAGGACCCCCAGAGGUCCUCCAUGACACAUGGCCACCCGACCUGUGCUUAAAAACCUCCAAGGAGGAGAAUCCAUUCACAGCCUUCCAAGGGAGACUGCUUCGUUCCUUACUGCCAGAAAGUUCUUCCUGAGUCGUUUGGUUGGAAUCUCCUUUCUUGUAACUUGAAGCCAUGGGUUCGAGUCCUACCCUCCAGAGCAGGAGAAAACAAGCUUGCUCCAUCUUCUUCCAUGGGGCAGCCCUUGAGUAGCAACCUCCCUUCUCUUCUAUCGUGGACUUUUCCACUCCUGGGAAUAGGGAUGAGGAGGUGUUGCCCCAGCACUUCUGGAGAUAAUCCACCAGUGAACGAACACGCUCCAUAUGUCUGUUUCAAAUGUAGAACCAGCUGAACCUGCAAAACCUGUGAGAUCUGUUAAGGCUCCCAACAUUGGCCGUGUUACUACAUGUCAAGAGUAGCUUGGUAGACGCUUAAUGGCACAUGCAGCCCAUAACACGGUAGUUUUCAGCUGCUAUUGGAUGCCAAGACUGUUACCCAAAUAAAAACUGAUAUACUGUACUUCCUGGUUAUUAUUAUUUUUUAAUUAUCCAAUUUUUUAACCGCUUAAGACAAUCAGAUUCGUAUCCCUGUACAGAUAACUGCCCUCAACCCCUUCUCAUUAGAUGUAGAGAGAAAUAAGUAAUCUGCCCAUCUCUCACCUUUGUCAGCUGUUGCCUUGCCAAUCUUAGGGGCAGGGCACAUAUUUUCAGUUUCAGGAAAUCAAGUCAUAGAAUGAGCAUUUCUGCUUAAUUUUGCUGCUUCCUAAGUAGGACCCCUGCAUAUUUUACAUAAACUAAAGCAUUCAGUAUUUCAUUAUUACAUCCAUCAAAACUUACUGACAGUUGAAUGUAUCUUAAUGCUGCCAAGGUUUUCAAGUGUACAUAAUUUCCCCCCCGUAUAUCCAAUAAACAUUUUCCAAUAUUCUUUAAACGUAUGUUCUUCUUGUCCUCUUAUUCUAUAUGUUAGGUCCACAAGCUGCACAUAUUCCAUCAGUUUAAGUUGCCAUUCUUCUUUAGUUGGGACCUCGCUCAUUUUCCAUUUUUGGGCUAACAAAACAUGUGCUGCAGUAGGGACAUAAAUAAUACUGUUGCUUUAAAUCCUCAUUUAAUGUGGUUCUUCGUAGGUCAUUUGUAUGGGCGCAAAGCAGAACGGUUUGCCAGUGGACUACCAGAAGAAAUUAGACUCUAUACAGACGAAUGACUAUGCAGGACCUGUGCCGGUUUUUGAUGAAAUUGAAGCUGCCCUCAGCAAAAAUGAGAUAACGAAAUAAUAAAGAAAUGUUUUAGAAUCACCUGCUUUGGUUUCUCUUGAUCAUCGUUUUAUUUGAGUACCUCUCUUAUUUUGUUAAAUCCUAUGCAUGUCUGCUCAGUUGUGAGCCCCACUGAAUUCAAUGAUACUUCCAUCUAGGAUGGUAUAGGAUUGCAUCCAAAAAUGAGAACAAAAAGCUCUUGGGUGCAUCCUUGAUUAAGAAAUGACAUUUAAGGUGGUGCUUGAUUAAGUUGUGCUUCUAAUACACAACGGCAAUAUUAACUGUAUUUAUUCCGGAUUGAUUUUUUGCUUUGUUUUCUAUCUCCAUGGCAAAUACUACAAAGCCAGACUGAAGAGGGAUCACACAAUUUGCUUUAAUUGACAAGGGUGUCUGCAUACCAGCUCGGUCUGUCAUCAAAAAUAUCACACAGAGCUGGCGCUGUCUGUCUUUCUUGCAAAUCCACCCCUCUUUUAUUUAUUUUUAUAAUAAAAAAAGCUGGUUUCCCAAAAACCCACCCGUUUCACCACAGAGAUUUUGUACUAAUUUAUUUUGGAGUUGGGGGAGAAGAGGAGUUUCUGGCUUCGUACAUUUCCCACUGUUUUAUUACCCCAUGCAGAUCUUUGAACUCCCCCCAUCUUGUCACGUCAAACAUGUUGCUGUGAACGCAUCGGUAACAGUGUGCAUAACCAAGAUGUUGAGUUUGGGAAAGGAAAAAAAAACCCCAAAAAUACGGCGCUGUUCAGUAGGAGCGCACACUUCAGUCAAGCUUAAUUUAAAAUGUUUCAUCCACUAAAAC